AUGUCUUCUUCAAAGUUCUUAUUUUUCUCUCUGGCUCUACUAAUCAUCGCCCUCUUCUUCAUUCCAAAUUUCACUUCUGCUUCUUUGGAUGAAACCAAUGCUCUUCUUAAAUGGAAAGCAAGCCUUGAAAUCCCAAAAAACUCAUUGCUCUCUUCAUGGAUUCCCCUCACUGUGAAUUCCAGUGCAUCGAUUUCAUGCACUUCUUGGUUUGGAGUGGUUUGCAAUGCUGAUGGGAGCAUUCAGAAGUUGAACCUCACAUCAUCUGGAUUAAAGGGUACGCUUCAUCGAUUUUCAUUCUCUUCGCUACACAAUCUUACACAUUUUGAUCUCAGUCUAAACAACUUCUUUGGCCCCUUCCCACCAGAAAUCCAACUUUUGUCCAAAUUGGUAUAUCUUGAUUUUUCAUCCAAUAAGUUUUCUGGAGUAUUACCAACUGAAAUAGGAAACCUACACCAGCUAACCAUCUUGCACUUAUUCUCAAACAAUAUCUCUGGUCCCAUUCCUACUGAACUUGGGAAUUUGAAGUGUCUCACUAAUCUUGAUGUGAGCACCAAUCAACUUAUUGGUUCUAUUCCUUCUUCAUUGGGAAACUUGACAUCUUUGAAUGUCCUUUAUUUGUACCAAAAUGAACUCUCUGGUCCCAUUCCUAUUGAACUUGGGAAUUUGAAGUCUCUCACUGAUCUUAGUCUGAGAAACAAUCAACUUAAUGGUUCUAUUCCUUUAUCAUUGGGUAAUUUGACAUCGUUGAAUGUCUUUUAUUUGUAUCAAAAUCAACUCUCUGGUCCCAUUCCUACUGAACUUGGGAAUUUGAAGUCUCUCACUAAUCUUGAUGUGAGCACCAAUCAACUUAUUGGUUCUAUUCCUUCUUCAUUAGGAAACUUGACAUCUUUGAAUGUCCUUUAUUUGUACCAAAAUCAACUCUCUGGUCCCAUUCCUAUUGAACUUGGGAAUUUGAAGUCUCUCACUGAUCUUAGUCUGAGCAACAAUCAACUUAAUGGUUCUAUUCCUUUAUCAUUGGGUAAUUUGACAUCGUUGAUUGUCUUUUAUUUGUAUCAAAAUCAACUCUCUGGUCCCAUUCCUACUGAACUUGGGAAUUUGAAGUCUCUCACUAAUCUUGAUGUGAGCACCAAUCAACUUAUUGGUUCUAUUCCUUCUUCAUUGGGAAAUCUGACAUCUUUGAAUGUCCUUUAUUUGUACCAAAAUCAACUCUCUGGUCCCAUUCCUAUUAAACUUGGGAAUUUGAAGUCUCUCACUGAUCUUCAGGUGGGCAACAAUAUGCUUAGUGGUUAUAUUCCUUCAUCAUUGGGAAAUUUGACAUCUUUGAAUGUUCUUUAUUUGUACCAAAAUAAACUCUCAGGUCCUAUUCCCAUUGAACUUGGGAAUUUGAAGUCUCUCACUGAUCUUCAGGUGAGCAACAAUCAGCUUAGUGGUUAUAUUCCUUCAUCAUUGAGAAAUUUGGCAUCCUUGAAUGUCCUUCAUUUGUAUCAAAAUAAACUCUCUGGUCCUAUUCCUAUUGAACUUGGGAACUUGAAGUCUCUCACUAAGCUUGAGGUUAGCAACAAUCAGCUUAGUGGUUAUAUUCCUUCAUCAUUGGGAAAUUUGACAUCUUUGAAUGUCCUUUAUUUGUACCAAAAUAAACUCUCUGGUCCUAUUCCUAUUGAACUUGGGAAUUUGAAGUCUCUCAUAGCUCUUGCAGUACACAACAAUCAACUGAAUGGUUCUAUUCCUUCAUCAUUGGGUAAUUUGAAAUCUUUGAAUAGACUUUAUUUGUUCCAAAAUCAACUCUCUGGUCCCAUUCCUGUUGAACUUGGGAAUUUGAAGUCUCUCACAGAUCUUGUGGUAUACAACAAUAAACUUAAUGGUUCUAUUCCUUCAUCAUUGGGUAAUUUGACAUCUUUGAAUCUCCUUUAUUUGUACCAAAAUCAACUCUCUGGUCCUAUUCCUGUUGAACUUGGGAAUAUGAAGUCUCUCACUCAUCUUGAGGUAGGCAUCAAUCAACUUAGUGGUUCUAUUCCUUCAUCACUAGAAAAACUGAGCAACUUACAGUGGUUAGACCUAAUUGAGAACAAAUUGUCUGGUCCCAUUCCAAGUGAAGUCGGUAAGUUGAAGUCUCUCACUCAUCUUUACGUUAGCAGAAAUCAGCUUAGUGGUUGUAUUCCUUCAUCAUUUGGUGAUUUGACUUCUUUAAAUUUCCUUUAUAUGGAUCACAAUGAGCUUGCUGGUCCUAUUCCAGGUGAACUUGGGAAAUUGAAGUCUCUCGUUGAUUUUAAGGUGAACAACAAUCAAAUUAGUGGUUCUAUUCCACCAGAGUUUGGAAAUUUAACUAAACUACAAAGACUUGAUCCGUCUUCGAAUCAUUUGGUUGGUGAGAUCCCAAAGGAGUUUGGGAAGAUGAAAAGUAUGUUGGAAUUGUACUUUGUUGGCAACCAAAUUUCAGGUGCUAUACCUCUAGAGCUUGGAUUUUGUGAACUCCUUGAAGUACUCGAUUUAUCCAAAAAUAGAUUGAAUGGGUCGAUUCCAACAAGUAUUGGUCAAUGGGCACAUAUCCACUACUUGAAUCUUAGUAAUAACAAACUCAAUGAGAAAAUUCCAUCCGAGAUUGGUAAAUUAGUUCAUCUUACCGAACUUGAUUUAUCUCAUAAUUUUCUCACGAAAGAGAUACCAUCUGAAUUUCAAAGUUUGCAGAGUUUGCAAAAGUUGAAUCUUUCUCACAAUAGACUAUCUGGUUCCAUUCCUGAUGUUUUUACAAAUUUGCCUCGCGGAAUUGAUAUCAACCUUUCUUUCAAUAAGCUCUCGGGUCCAAUCCCCCUUUGCGCUAACUUUGUUAAUGCGUCCAUAGAAAGCAAUCCAGAUUUAUGUGGGAAUAUCACAGGAGUGAAAUUUUGUCCAAGUCAGAUUAUGAAAAAGAAAAAUGAUCCCUUUCAUCAUAAACUUAUCCUUGUAAUUAUGCUCCCCCUUAUAGGGGCUGUUUUACUUGGUGUAUGCACAUAUGGCCUCAUUGCUUAUCAACAACAAAAGAAAAAGUCUCCACAAAAACCAUUGGAUGAAGAAAGUGGUGAUUAUUUCUCUAUCACAAGUUUUGAUGGAAAAGUGGUGUAUGUUGAUAUCUUGAAGGCAACAAAUGAUUUCGAUGAAGUAUACUGCAUUGGGACCGGAGGAUAUGGGAAUGUGUACAAAGCCGAGCUACAACCUAACAAUGUGGUAGCUGUCAAGAAACUUCACUCAGGAUCUGAAAAUGUUGAUCAUAAUGGAUUCCUUAAUGAGGUACGAGCAUUAACGAACAUAAGGCAUCGAAACAUAGUGAAACUCUAUGGAUAUUGCUCCCAUGUUCGCCACUCAUUUUUGAUUUAUGAAUACCUUGAAAAGGGAAGCCUUGGAUCAAUAUUAAGAAGCGAUGUCUUGGCAAAAGAAUUGGAUUGGUUGAAACGGGUAAAUAUUGUAAAGGGUGUAGCUAAUGGUUUGGCUUAUAUGCAUCACGAUUGCUCGCCUCCUAUAAUUCAUAGAGACAUUUCCAUUGCCAACAUCCUUCUCGAUUCUGAUUAUGAGGCACAUAUUUCUGAUUUUGGGACCUCCAAGCUUUUAAAGCUAGACUCAUCCAACUGGACCGCAAUUGCAGGCACAUAUGGUUAUAUCGCGCCAGAGCUUGCUUAUACGAUGGUGGCAAAUGAGAAAUGUGAUGUGUAUAGCUUUGGAGUUGUUGCACUAGAAGUGAUGAUCGGAAAGCAUCCUGAAGAACUGAUAACAUCUUUACCAACAUUGUCUGUUGAGUAUCUGGUGGCAGAAAAUGUGGGAGAUAUCCGGAUUCCGUCUCCCUCGUCACAAGUUGAGAAACAAGUUAGGUUGGUUCUGAGUCUCGCAAGAGCAUGUUUGAACUCCAAUCCACUUGAAAGACCAACAAUGCAGAAAGUUUCAAAUCUGUUAAUGAAGGAUUUGCUUUGACUUGACAUAUCUUACUUGAUAUAGUCAGAGUUUUAGUGUUUUUUACUUUUAUUAAGUUCCCUAUAUGCACCUGUCAAUAUGUAUUCAUCUAAAUGGGUAUCCAUCUAAAUGGCUCCUUGUUCAGAAGCUUAACAUAUGUUUGUAGUAGUAAACAAUUAAGUCAAUGAAGAUCGCUAUAGUUGUAAAAAACUUGCUACUACAAACCAAGGACAACGCCAUACACACAUCCCUCAAACAAGAAAUUAUGUAAAAAAAAUUUGGUAUAUUUUUUAUAUUUGUUUUAAUUUACGA